AACAUUUUUUUUGCUACUUUAAACUCAAAACAUUUAGUAUUACAUAAAUUAAUUUUAGUAAUAAAGAAAAACAUUUAUUCUAAUAAAUGUUGUUAUGUUUUAGUUUGAAUUAUGUAGUUUGUAACACUGCAGUAAAACAAAAGAUAAAUGAUGGCUGCCGCUAAUGACGUCCCGGAGCUGGGCCGCGAGGAGGAGGAAGAGGAGGAGGAGGACUCGGACGACUGGAGCGAGGUGGACGCGGGCGACCGGCCCUCGGUCACGUGCCUGUUCUGCCCGGGCGGCUUCGAGACGGUGGGCGCGGCCGUGGGGCACUGCAAGCGCGACCACCAGCUGGACCUGCUGAGGCUGCGGGACCGCCUCGGCAUGGACUGCUACUCCUUCAUCAAGCUGGUGAACUACGUGCGCGCGCGCCGCCCCGAGCCGGCGGCCCUCAUGGACGCCAAGGAGGCCUUCUGGGACGCGGAGGAGUUCCUGCAGCCGGCGUACGAGGACGACCCCUGGCUCAUGUUCGACAUCGACGACCUGGAAGAGCCGUCUCCAGAGCUGCUGCCGGCCAAUAACGGUUUCUACGUGGCCAACGCGGAGAACGGCCGGGUGACGCUGACAGAGCAGCACUUCUCCGAGCUCCAGCGCACCAUCCAGAGUCUGACCGCACAGGUGCGCGAGAAGGACGCUCUCCUGGAGGCGGCGUGCCAGGACAUGCAGCAGAUGCGCACCGCGAUGCGGGCGCUGAUCGCCAGCGGGGACGCGGCGGAAGGGGCCGGCCCCCGGGACAGGACCGUCGCGUCGCUGCGGGCGAGCGAAGACGAGGGCUACUUCAGCACGUACGCCCACUUCAGCAUCCACCACGAGAUGUUGUCGGACCGAGUGAGGACGCUCAGCUACAGAGACGCGCUGGUGGGGAACAGCGCUCUCCUGGAAGGCAAGACCGUCCUGGAUCUGGGCUGCGGCACGGGGAUACUGUCCAUGUUCGCAGCGUCGGCCGGCGCGAAGCAGGUUGUGGCCAUCGACCAGUCGGACAUCGUGUACCACGCCAUGGACAUCAUCAGGCAGAACGGGCUCUCGGACAAGGUGACGGUGCUGAAGGGCCGGCUGGAGGACACCGCCCUGCCCGUCGACAAGGUGGACGUGAUAGUGUCGGAGUGGAUGGGCUACUUCCUGCUGUACGAGGGCAUGCUGGACUCGGUGCUGUACGCCCGGGACCACCUCCUGGUGCCCGGCGGCCGGCUGCUGCCCAACCGCUGCAGCCUCAGCCUGGUGGGCGUGGCCGACCCAGACCACCACGAGCGGGCGCUGGGGUUCUGGACGGACGUGUACGGCUACUCCAUGGCCUGCCUCCGGCCCGAGGUGGCGCGAGAGCCGGCCGUCGAGACCGUGGGGCCAGACAGGGUGGCCACCGCGCCCGGCCGCCUGCUGGAGCUGGACCUGCACACCUGCGGGGCGAACAGCGCCGACUUCUCGGCGGAGUUCAGCCUGCGGCCGCUUCGCGACUGCGCCCUCACCGCGCUGGCCGGCUACUUCGACGUGUUCUUCGACCUGCCGAGCCCCGUGACCUUCUCCACGGGCCCACACGCCCCGCCCACCCACUGGAAGCAGACCGUCUUCCUGCUCGGGGAGCCCCUGCCGGUGAAGAGAGAUGAAUGCAUCGAAGGCAAGCUGGUGUGUCAGCGACAUCCGAAAGACUUGCGCACGCUAACCAUGUCUAUCACAAUUUGUGGAAGGACACAUAAAUACGUUAUGAGUUGAUAAACACUGAUAGCGCUUUCUAGUGGUGUGCUAAACUGUGUAAGAUGUAAAGAAAAGUUGCAAUAUUUUUGUGAUGAACUGUGUUGGUACUUGUGAUGUUAGUUAUGGAGAAGAAAAAAAUUUAAUACCUUGUGUAUUCCUUAAUUUUUUUCAAUGUCGGAUACUUUGAUGAUUAUAGUUGUAACAAAGCCAGCUUAUUUAAAUACUUAUAAUCUUCGAGUAAUUAAAAAGAUCUGUCAACUUUUCAUUGCAGUAUUAUAAUUGAUAAUGCAUAAUGUGAUUAGAAAUCCUUCAUUAGCUGUAGUCUAUAUUUGAAAUCAGUUGCUAAGUAUAUAGUUGUUAACUGCUUGCAUUUGUACCAGGGUUUACUGUAUGUUUGUAAACUUUACUAUGUAUUAACUGUGAUGAUUACUUUUUGUAAGUGAGAAGUGUUGUAAGUUGGUUGUUCAUGAAUUUAUUUGUAUGUACCAGUUGGAAAUUUUGAAAAGAAAUAUCAAUUAAUCAUUAUGUUGUUUAUGUUAUUCCUCUGGGUUUUUUUUGGUGGGCUUUUGUGAUAUGGGCAUAUGGGCAAACGUGCUCAUAAACACAUUUUCGUAAAUUUUUUUGUCUUUGAAAUACACAAAACAAUAAAUUAACUACAGUGAAAACUUAUGUGGGUAUGUAGUUUUAUUUGACAGAAGUAAUUGUAGUGGAUUUAAAAUUAUGAGUAAAAUCAGUGUAUGUGGUGCAUUUA